UUUAAAUCCAACAUUAACCCUCUUCCUCCUAUACUAUCCAUAAACAGUUCAUUGACCUAGCAUUCAGUCAAAAUGACUUGUCGAGAUUGUUUCCGAGGUGGCCGAGCGACCGGCGACCCGACAGGGGAAAUUUCCGCACAAUAUGGUCUCUCCACCUACGUCGCGGGGACUCCAUCAACCACAACUUCUGCAUCGACCGUCAUAUUCCUCACAGAUGCCUUCGGCCUCAAGCUCGUCAAUAACAAACUUCUCGCUGAUGCCUACGCCUCUGCAACAGGCUUCCGAGUGCUCGUCCCUGAUAUCAUCCCUGGAGGCGCUUGUUCACCGGAUGUGAUGCCCAUAAUGGACGAAGUCCUAGAGCCAGUGUCCUUCUUCAACAUAUGGGGCCAAAUAAAACGAGUUAUGGCAUUAGCGAGAGCCAUGACCUACUUUGUGCCAUUCUUCUGGCGGGCUUUCCCUUCUAGUCCGGCUUCCUUCAAACCAUGUUUGGAGUACGCCAGAAAGGUCAAAGCAGAUCUACCUCCUGGAGCGAAACUUGGCGUAGCCGGAUUCUGCUGGGGCGGAUACCAAAGCAUCAAUCUCUGCGCUCAGCCCGCCGUUGAAGGCGGAUCCGAGCGCCUCAUUGACGCCCAGUUCUGUGCGCAUCCCUCAGGUUUGAAUGUUCCCACGGAUAUCCUAAAUGCGAUCACGAGGUUCAAAUCGCCCGUUGCUAUUGCUCAGGCUCGAGAUGACUUUGCACUUCCCACCAGGAAGGUCGAAGAGACUGAGGCAAUUUUGAGGCAGACAAUCGGGAAGGGCGAGGGUGAGGAUGGAAUCAAUUAUCAGAUCACAUACUAUGAUAAUUGUCCACACGGAUUUGCGGUUAGAGCGAGGCCCGGGUAUGAGGCCGACGCGAAAGGGGCAGAUGCGGCAAAAGAGCAGGCGAUUGAGUGGUUUAAGAGGUGGCUUUAAUUUCGAGUUUGCCCUUUCUCCUUGGCGAAUAUUCGGCAGGGACGGCGACGAGGAUAUGACCUUUGCUUGAGCUUGUGAAGAGGGCUCCCGCUUUGCUUGGAGUUGAGUUGAGUGCUGAUCUUUCAUUUAUCUCAAGUCCAUAUUUAAACUAUUAAUGAAUUGCCUUUGACGGAAGCGGUGAGACAGAGGUGCUGCCAUUAUAUGAAUACUUGAAUAUAUGUUGUACUCAGAGAUGAACUCGUAGCACACGGAAAUAAAUUC